AAAUGCAUCUUACCGCGGACAAUUCAAUCCGUUAAACCUCUUCCGUCCAAUGUCUAUCUUACACUAAACCCUUAAACCCUCCCCCUUCAGAAAAACCCUUCUCCCUCCAUAUCCCUACUAACUCUAUCCAUGGCUAUGUCCUUGUUAGCCACCAGAGCAAGAGCCAAAGCUAAUCCUCUCCUCACAUGGCGAGCCCUGAAGUUCCGUACCAUCUGCAGCGGCAGCACUGGCGUUGCCUCCUCUGACUUGGAUCCACCUGACUCCCUUGUUGCUGGCACCAAGGUCCUCGAGACGUUUCAGGAGGAAUUCGAGAUUGGAUCACGAGUAAUAACCCUUGAAACGGGUAAAAUUGCUCGCUUUGCUAAUGGGGCUGUUGUUCUGGGCAUGGACGAGACGAAGGUCUUGUCCACUGUUACCUCCUCUAAAGGCGACGCUGUACGCGAUUUUUUACCCCUCACUGUUGAUUAUCAAGAGAAGCAAUUUGCUCAAGGUGUGAUUCCAAAUACAUUCAUGCGAAGGGAAGGUGCUCCUAAAGAACGUGAACUUCUAUGCGGUCGUCUCAUUGAUAGGCCCAUACGGCCACUUUUUCCGGCUGGAUUUUACCAUGAGGUUCAGGUAAUGGCAAGUGUUCUUUCUUCUGAUGGGAAACAAGAUCCAGAUGUGCUGGCAGCUAAUGCAACAUCUGCUGCCCUUAUGUUAUCAGAUAUACCUUGGAAUGGACCCAUUGGUGUUGUGCGGAUAGGGAGGAUUUGCGGACAAUUUAUUGUGAAUCCAACAAUGGAUGAGCUUAGUUUGAGUGAUCUCAAUUUGGUAUAUGCCUGUACAAGGGACAAAACUUUGAUGAUAGAUGUGCAAGCUCGUGAAAUCUCUGAGAAAGAUUUAGAAGCUGGGUUAAGACUGGCCCAUCCAGAAGCUGUUAAAUAUCUUGAACCUCAAGUCAGACUUGCUGCCAAAGCUGGUAAACAAAAGAAGGAAUAUACAUUGUCGAUGGUCUUGGAAACAACGUUGGAAAAAGUCAGUAAGCUGGCAUCAGCACCAAUAGAGGCUGUUUUUACUGAUCCUUCUUAUGGCAAGUUUGAACGUGGUGAGGCUUUAGAUAAGAUCACACAAGGCGUAAGACAAACACUUGAACAAGAAUGUGAUGAGGAAAGCUUAAAAGUCCUGCCAAAGGUAGUAGACACUGUAAGGAAAAAGGUUGUUCGCAAAAGGAUUAUUGAAGAGGGAUUUAGGGUUGAUGGGAGACAUCUUGAUGCAGUCAGGCCAAUAUAUUGUGAAGCUGGUAAUUUACCUAUAUUGCAUGGUUCAUCACUUUUCAAUCGUGGAGAUACCCAGGUUCUUUGUACUGUGACACUUGGAUCACCUGCUGAUGCUCAGAGGUUGGAAUCCCUGGUUGGUCCACCAACAAAGCGCUUCAUGCUUCACUAUAGUUUUCCCCCAUUUUGCAUCAAUGAAGUUGGCAAACGAGGUGGCCUGAAUAGGCGUGAAGUUGGGCAUGGAACUCUUGCGGAGAAAGCCUUACUUGCUGUAUUACCUCCUGAAGAUGAUUUUCCAUACACUGUCCGUGUUAAUUCAGAAGUCAUGGCUUCAGAUGGUUCAACAUCGAUGGCUACCGUCUGUGGGGGCAGUAUGGCUUUAAUGGAUGCUGGUAUUCCAUUGCGAGAACAUGUAGCAGGUGUUUCAGUGGGUCUUGUUAGUGAAGUUGACCCAGAAACUGGUGAAAUUAAGGACUAUCGUAUAUUGACAGAUAUUUUGGGCCUUGAAGAUCAUCUAGGAGACAUGGACUUCAAGAUUGCUGGGACUCGAAAAGGAGUAACAGCGAUUCAGUUAGAUAUUAAACCUGCGGGAAUUCCACUAGAUAUAAUUUGUGAGUGUUUAGAGCCUGCACGUAAAGGUCGUGUUCAAAUUCUUGAUCAUAUGGAGCAAGAGAUUAGCGCACCACGAACCCAAGAUGAUAGAACUGCUCCACGGUUAGCUACCUUGAAGUUCAGCAAUGAUGCUAUCCGCCGCUUCGUUGGGCCUCUAGGUGCUCUUAAAAGAAAAAUUGAAGAGGAAACAGGUGCAAGGAUUUCUGUUGGUGACAGAACUCUUACUAUCAUUGCUAAGAGUCAAGCUGUGAUGGACAAAGUACAAGAAAAGAUUGAUUUUAUCAUUGGACGUGAAAUUGAAGUUGGUGGGAUCUAUAAAGGGAUUGUAACAUCAGUCAAAGAAUACGGUGCCUUUGUGGAGUUUAAUGGUGGCCAGCAGGGUCUGCUACAUAUUUCUGAGUUGUCACAUGAACCGGUCUCUCGGGUUUCAGAUGUGGUGUCUGUUGGCCAGAAACUUUCUUUGAUGUGUAUAGGGCAAGAUGUUCGUGGUAAUAUCAAACUGUCUCUUAAAGCAACUUUGCCUCGGCCAAGUGGUAAGGCUAACGAUGUUGCUGAAGAACCUAAUCUUGUUAGAAAAGCACCUGAUAUUUGGGCACCAGUUGGGGACAUAUCCAAUGGUGAAGAGCAUCAGAAAACUACUAAAGAGGAGUUGUUUGUGAGCAAAAGUUCUUCCUCCUCAUCCCCAACUGUAGUUAUUCGAAGUGCUGCAGAAUGUGAUGAAGAGGAAAAAUCUGCUGGGUUUGUGCAGAGUACCAAAGGCACCCCCAAACGAUCAGGCACUUCAAAAGUGGAUAAUAAGCUGAAAUCAACUUUCUCCAGCCUUUUUAGAUCUACAAUUUUUAGUGAGGAUGAAGGUGAAGGCAAAUGUGAUUUUGUGUCUGAGGCACUUACUAAGGAUAAUCAGAAUGGUAAGGGAACCCAUAUUGAGCCUCCUAUGACAGCAGAAAGCCUGAAGAUAGGAACAGAGGUUACUGCCACAGUAUAUCAAAUUCGCACACGCGGUUUAGUUCUUGAUUUGGGUGGUGGAAUUCGUGGCAUGUACCGAUUUGAUGACAAUGGAGAAGAAGCUUAUGAGCUAGGCCAGGAAUUGCGGGUCAAGUGUUCGAGUUUUACAAGUAAGGGGAUCCCAGUAAUGUCAUUGGUACGUAUAUGAGGAUUAACUUUGUAAUGACUGUCCUCACCUGAGAAUUAAGGUUGAUCAUGACUGCAAGAAAUUUCUCAUUCCUGUGGCUGAGAGCUGUUGAAUUUUGAUAAACCAGUUCAUUUUCCAUGCCCUAAUCAACAGGAACCCCAGGAAACUGAGAUAAGAUAAGCAGAAAUGGAGUAAAAGAAAGCAAGGAUUGACCUUUUGAUUAAUUUUUGAAAUGCAUUAUUAUUUGCUGUUCUUCAACCUCUAGGGAUUUACUUAGGUAUAUGACCUUGCUUGUAUUGCUAAUCAAUUUGAAGAAAUGAGGAAGAAAUAGCUAGUUAAGUAGUUAAUUUUUUGUUCAUUUAUUUGUUUCUAUAGUCGAAUACUUCAUGUAAAUCAAUUGCAUAAUUAAGA